AUUUGGACAAAAUUUUACUUUCGUUUUCAAAAGUUCCAGUAAGUUAGACUAACUGGAGGCCUCCUGACUGGCGUGAGAAUAAGGCAGACAGAAUGGGUGGAUCUGAUGACACAGAAUGGAGGUUUGGGACUUGUUUUCAAUCAUUUUGUCAAAAUUAUGAGCUGGAUCAGAAGUGGCAGUCAGCCAAAGACUACAGCUAUGAAAAUCCUGGAUCCACCCUCUUCAUCAUAGCAGUCAUAGCCAUGUGUAGCUUUCCUAUCUUCUGCUUUAUAGCAUUUGUCAUAGGAUCACUCAUCAUUGGAUUCACAGUUUUUCUAUUUGUUGAAGGUACAGUCCUUACAGUGGCCACCUUUCUUUUGGGAGGAGCUCUGUUUUUUGCCAGCCUCUUCUCGGUGGGCUUCAGUCUGUUUGCCGUUUUAGCCAUCUAUGCCUUUUCCACUGCUCAGAAAAUCAUGGGCAGAAUUUCACCAAAGGGUUCCACAUCUGCUGGGGUGGAAUGUGAUUCAACUCAGAAAGAUAAAUAGAGAAUGUGUCAAUCUGUACUGUGCAAAAGACUUUUUGAAUGAUUUUCUUUCAGAAAUGAAGAUAAUGAAAUGGAUUUCUUAAAGAAACGGUGCUGUAUAAUUAUAAUAUUUAUUUUGUAUUAUGUUCUUCAAAUAUUGAAUGCAAUUGCUUGUGUGUUGUUUUUUUCAUCCAUUUGUACUUCGAUUCCUAUAAUGUUUAUUAGAAGUACAUGUAGUAAAAAGCAAUGCAACUGCAAUAUUGCCUGUAUAUAUUUGACGACCUAGAAUCAAUUUUCAUUACAAUUUGAGAUUGUCAAUGUUUGCAGGUGUAAAUAUUCCAAUGAAAGUUCAGAUCUGUACAGAUUCAUGUUUUAAUGAUUCUUGACAUUGUUAUUUUUUGUUAUUUAAAAUAUUGAGCAUAAUUAUUAAGUUUUAUGAACUGUUUUAAUGUAUAUAGUUUUUAUAUAAAAAUAAAUUGAUUUAGUAUUGUA